AUGAGUUUACUCAAGAAGAUUUAUGGUUAUGGUAAAGGAAGCAGAGAGCAAACGUUUGAAACGUCUCCGCAGCGGCGUAUCUGGAGCACAGCAUCUCCUUUGUCAGCAGCGUACAUUUUGUGUCAAAGAAAGUUCUCUUUAUCCCUUAUAUAUGCCGUCAGCUUAUGCGAUGACAGCCGCCGCUUCUCUUGGCGGGUAAACUUGGAUAAAGAGUUUUUCUAUUCUGCCGUAGCAGCAUUGGCUGGCUGGCUGACUGGCUGGCUGCUCGGCUGUUCUCAAGCUGCCAUAUUUGUCUAUUUCUGCAUAUUUUGUAUUGGAUGGAGUGUAGAGCGAAAGAAUAUAACGUUUCAUAUAUGGAGGAAGCGGUCAAGUCCCCCUCCCCCCCAGAUACGUCGAUGCAAGGUGUCAGUCAAGAAUUUCUUAUUGCCAUUGCUUAUAAUUGCACAAGUUCAGAAUAUGAUAAGGAGGAUUCACUACAGUGUAUCACUCACCAUUAUGGUAGAAAUGGAUUUAGAACUGACGGAGAUAUGGGCGUGUUUCAAGUAA